AUGAGUGCAUGCUGACAUGUGGAGGGGCAUAUAUUCUUUCUCUUUUGUAGUUGUCAUUCUAUUUAAUGUGCUUGUAAUGUUUUUUAACUGUAUUGCUUGUUAAUUCAUCUUGCGAAAUUAUUCAUUGGCAGUAACCUGCGAUUGCUUUUGGAGAUAACAUUCCCUUUCCACCAAAUACCUUAUGGCUUUGUCCCUUGCACGAUUGAAGUUUAGAAAGACUCGCUCGAAAUCUGCCACAACCGUACUUUCCACCCACUCCAGUGUUUCUCCAGCGAGCGAUACUAAAGACUUCGAGCCCACCGAAAGGUUUGGUCUUUUCCACUUGAAUCCGAUUCCCACGCUUUCAAAUGGAGAAGAGCCGCUUUAUAGACUUGAUGUUGUGGCACUGCAUGGUAUAAAAGGCGAUGCAUUCAAAACAUGGACGGAGAAGAGGGAAGAUAGUGGGAAGAACUUCUGGUUAAGAGAUCAGUUACCAGUUGAGCUCCCAGGUGCGAGGAUAUUCUCGUAUGGGUACGAUGCGAAUGUACUUUUUAGUCGGGGGACGGGCACAAUAGAAGAUUUCGCGAGAACUCUUCUGGUAGAUUUGAUGAGGGAGAGAAAGGAUGAUUCAAAUCAAAAACGUCGCAUUAUCUUCAUAUGUCAUAGUAUGGGAGGCAUUGUCAUAAAAAAGGCACUCAUCACCGCCGUUGACAAUGGUACCUACAGAAACAUAUUCGACUCCACUUCCGCCAUCCUCUUCCUCGCCACUCCGCAUAUGGGUUCCGACGAAACAAAGCUACCCUUGUCAAUCGCCAAUGUUGCUAAUGGCAUUCUUUCGUUUCCAAUGAGAUUUAGCGGACGUGUAAGAGAUGAUUUGAUCAUGCCAUUGGCGCGAGAUUCGCAGAUCUUGAGAGAGAUACAGCAAACAUUCAAGGAGAGGAAGUUGUAUGAAGGAUUAAUGAUCGCUAGUUUCCAGGAACAAGUUAUUUGUACGGGAUUGAAAGGAUUGGUUGUUGAUAAGGAAAGUGCACUAUUGCACGUUUCAAAUGAACGGGCAGUGCCAAUGAAUCGUGACCAUCGAAAUAUUUGCAGGUUUAGUGGACCGGAAAGCAAGUCAUACCAGAGGGUGUGCGGCAUUCUGAAAGAAUAUUCUGAUAAAGCUAAUAUGAGUAAGCUCUCUGUAAGCGAGAAAAUAGUGAUGUGAAAUGCUAAUGCAUAAUUGAAUAGGUGUUCAACCAGAACUCACAUCCGAUGACAAAGGUACGCCUUUUGCUUCCCUACUACACAUUGAUGUUAACUCACAUACUUAGCUGUGUUGUCCUCCAUACACUAUCCUGAAAUGGAGCAAAGACGUCACAAUACAAACGUCGCCUACCCGGGCACCUGUACCUGGAUCUUGAAAGAACCUGCCUACGUACGAUGGAAGGCUGCCCAGCGUAGCUUGAUAUGGAUAAAAGGCAAACCAGGUGCAGGUAAGUCCACACUUAUGGCAUACAUCCUGUCAAAUAUUCGCCAUCAUGAUUCCGGCCAGCUAGUUUUGAAUUUUUUCUUCCAUGGUCGAGGUUCUCUUCUCCAAAAGAGCCCCGAGGGAAUGUACAGGGAAUUGUUACAUCAACUUUACCUCCAAGCAUCUCCUAUCCGUGAACUGCUUCGAAAGUCUUUCAUUCAGAAAAAUGCGCCGGGGAAAUCAGAGAAUGAUUGUGUUUGGACUGAAGAUGAAUUAAAGGAAUGGCUAUUCAAUGCCAUCACACACAUUGCCAAGUCACAGCCCGUCGCUUUAUAUGUCGACGCACUUGAUGAAGCCGGCGAUGAUAAUGCGAGGAUUCUGAUCAAUUAUUUCGACGAUAUGAAAAAAAGGGUAACCGCAGAUAAUGGAUUUCUAAAGAUCUGCGUUUCUUGUCGACAUUAUCCGAAUGUCUCCUUAAGUGACGGCUUUGAAGUCAACGUGGAAAAUCAUAACAUGCCAGAUAUUGCAGUUUUUGUUCAUGUGGAACUAGUCUCAAGAAUUCGAAACUGGGACAAUGAUCGGGUAGCUACUGAAGGCAGGGAAAAUAUGGAAGCAGCCAUUGUAAAGAAAUCAUUAGGUGUCUUUCAAUGGGUCAAGCUUGUGAUUCCCAUGGCUGCGGAGACUUUUAACGACACGGAGAGUCUGAAGGAUGUUCACAUCAUGUUGGAAAAGGUACAGGAUGACCUCGCGGCUGUGUACGAGAAUAUUUUGACUAAUGUCAUCAAAGUUAAAUAUCGAUCCAAGACACUGUUGUUAAUGCAAUGGGUUGCAUUGGCGGAACGACCUUUGACUGCUACAGAAUUACGAAUCGCGAUGGCAUGCGAUGAGGGGUCUCACAAUCCUGGAAGCAAAAGAUGGGAAGAUAGUGAGGAUUAUAUUGAGUCCGAUAGGCGAAUGGAAACUUUGAUGAGGACACUUUCUGGAGGUCUGGUAGAAAUUGCGUUGUAUACCUCGGGUUUAUAUCGCGUGCAGUUUGUUCACCAGACAGUGGUGGAUUUCAUGCUUACAGAAGGCCUACCAUUCCUAGUACAACAUGUAGUGCCUCAAUCUGUUGGACCCUGUGAGGAUGAAGAACAAUUUUCCAAUAGUCGAAUUCUUGGACAAAGUCAAGAUCGUCUGUCCAGAUCCUGCGUAAAUUACUUUAAGCAACCUGAAAUAAUGCGGAGAAAUUGGGCUGUUGAAACUGAAAGGGACGAAAUUAUCGACGGGGCCAGCUGUCCUCUCUUCAAAUACGCCAUUACAAAUUGGUUGAUACAUGCUGAGAAAGCGGAGCGGCUUGGACUUUGCCAAAAACAUCUGGUCUCACAACUAGAAGAACCGCAAGGUUAUUUCGAGAAAUAUGUUCAGUAUGAGUACCCUGUGAGGCUAAGUAGCUAUUGUUUACAAAGAGGGGCGGUGAUUCUACAUCUGAUGGCAUUUGCAAAUCUCCAAGGUCCAGCUAGGUUAUUAAUAGAAAGGGGUGACUCGAUUGAGGAUGAGAAUCUAUUUGGGGUGAGAGCCUUGCACUAUGCUACUUACCAUGGUCAUAUUGAAAUGGUAAGACUGCUUUUAGACGCUGGUGCAGACGUCGGGGCUACUCAAGAUGGUAAAUAUACACCAUUGGAACUCGCUGCAUCCCGGGCUCAUGACGACGUACUGCAGCUUUUGAUAGAAAGGGGAGGAGAUAUAAAUGCCAUCUCUAAUUCGGGCACUGCGCUGGAAGGGGCUUCACAAAGUGGCGAUGUCAGAUUGGUGAAGAAAUUGUUAGAUAUCGGUGCUCGAGUUGACCAAGAAGGAAAACUCGAUAGCACACCCCUCAAAGCAGCAGCUAGAAAAGGACAUGUUGAGGUUGUUCUGCUUCUACUUUCAUUGGGAGCCGACGUUAAUCAUUGCAAAGAUUAUGGCACAGCGCUUCAAAGUGCAGCUUCAGCCGGUCAUAUUGAAGUAUGUCGGGUACUACUGCAGCAUGGAGCCUCGGUCAGUAAAGUUCCGAAAGGAAUCGCAGGAACACGUGCAACUGCUCUGCAGUGUGCCGCGAAUAAUAACAACAUCAGUAACAGUAUCUCUACGGAUAUUGAGCUGCUUCGCUUAUUGCUCGAAUACGGGGCCGACAUUAAUAUGCAAGAUCGGAGACACGGGACCGCCCUUGCUGAUGCAGUGAGAGUCCAUGGGCAAGUCAAUGAUGACAAGCCGGAUAUUGAUCCACGUAUUUUGUUUCUUCUGGAAAAUGGAGCUGAUGCCAAUGCAGGGUGUCCCCUUGUGUUGGCAGCUUCAAAUGGCAAUCUGAAACUCAUUAAUUUACUUCUGGAUCGUGGGGCGGAUAUUAAUGCAUGGGAUGAGACAAAUGGCAGUGCACUUGCUGCUGCUGCAGGUAGCUGGAAGAGGUCUGCUAGGCUUCUGGAUAGUGUUAAGCUACUUCUGAAAGGGGGAGCUGAUGUUAAUAGAUACUAUAAUUCUGGACAUUACCUUACUUCUUGUUCUGCUCUUCAACAAGCUGCCCACUGGGGAGACUUGGAAAUGGUAAGUUUAUUAUUGGGUCAUGGUGCUAACAUAAAUCUCGGCGCUGGAGAUUCGGGUGGUGCUCUUCACGAGGCUGCUGCUAAAGGUCACCUUGAGAUUUGUCGAUUGUUCAUCGAUUUGGGAGCGGACCCGUAUGCAGAGCGGGAAUUUGCUGGCAGUGUGCUGCAUUCUGCUGCAAGCAAUAAUAACAUGGAUAUCAUACGCCUAUUGCUGUCUUCUGGCGUACACGUUGAUCAUGAAAGUGACUUCCAUGGUGGACAUGGCACUACUCCUCUUCAGGUCGCCGCUGAAAGAGGGCAUCUCGAGGCCUUCAAUUUACUGCUAGCUGAGGGCGCAGAUAUUCAUCACACUGGUGGAAUUUUCCAUAAUAUGUUACACGCAGCUGCCUAUGGAGGUAGUGUUGAGAUAGUUGACAAGUGCUUAAAGAGCGGAAUUGAUGUUAAUACUAAGGGAGGCAAAUUGUUUGGAACUGCACUGUUAGCAGCUGCCUCAGAAGGACAUGCGGAAGUUGUAGAGGCAUUAUUGGCGAGGGGGGCAAGGGAUUAUACUGAGGGAUGGUGGGGAAGUGCGUGGAUGAAGGCGGCGGAGAAUGGGCGUAGAAAUGUGAAGAAAGUGCUAAAAGAGUGGGGUUUGGAAAGGACGAGGCUACUUGCACCUACAAAGGUUAACUUGCUUAGAACAGAUUAUGAUACAGAUAGGGGCGAGCAGCAGAAGGGAGAGUCGAUUGGCAGAAGUCAAAUGUCCGUUGACAGCCACUAGGGUGUAAAUAUUGAGAUGUUUAGAAUCAUUUAUGGUGGUAAAAGUAUUCAUUUAUCUAGCGACACAAGGUAGA